AUGGCGCGCGCACGAGCUGGGCGCAAGGCCGGGAGUAAGACUGCGGGCAAAGGCGGCAGCACUGCUUCGGCCAUUGCUGUCAAAUCGACGAAGCGGACGCGCAAGGCCGUGCAGCCGGUGCCUGAUGAUGUCGACAUGUCUGGUGACGAGGCGGAGGCCACGGCUGAGGCUGGGCUGAGCAAGCGCGAUCGCCGCAAUCUCAAGCGCGUUCAGUUUAUGCGACACUUUUUGGCGGCUCUGAACGAUACCACCAUGGUCUCUGUCAAUUCUUCGCGCAAGGCCGCAGCGCGGCAUGCCAAACGCAACGCCGACCCAGCUGCCCUCUACCUGGAUCCAUCGAAACUUGUCGCCACACGGGCUGGACGCGAGCACACCUUGGCCGUGGAAGCGGAGAACAUGAAGCAGGUCAUGAAGCACCCAACAUUUGCAAACAAUGGCAUCAGCGCGAUCCGCCAACAUCUGCAAAACACGAUCCGGGCUCAACGCGCUGCUGCACAAGAAUCGGAUCAAGCUUAA